AUGUUCGCUGCUCGCCGAUUCGCUACCAAUGUCCCCCGCGUGAGGGUAGCACCCUUCCACAGCACCCCGCGCAACUUCGUCCAGAAGGGCGAUGCCAUUCCCAACCUGGAUGUCCUGGUUGAGAACUCUCCCGGCAACAAGAUUAACCUUGCCAAGGAGAUCAAGGGCAAGGGUGUCAUCAUUGGCACUCCCGCCGCCUUUAGCCCUGCCUGCUCUAGCACCCACGUUCCGGGCUACAUCAGCCACCCCAAGCUCAAGGAGGCUGGUCAGGUCUUCGUCAUCUCCGUCAAUGAUCCCUUCGUGACCAAGGCCUGGGCGGAUUCAUUGGACCCUAAUGGCAAGAGUGGCGUGCGCUUCCUGGGUGACCCGACUGGCCAGUUCACCGAGGCCCUGGACCUCAGCUUCGACAGCGCUGCCAUCUUUGGCAACAACCGGAGCAAGCGCUAUGCCCUGCUGGUUGAGAAUGGCAAGGUUAAGGAGGCAUUUGUGGAGCCCGACAACACUGGUGUCAACGUCUCGGCUGCCGAGAAGGUGCUCGCCUAA